AUGGUGACGACUCGCAGCGGAGGGAGAGGUGGAGGGAAGCGCGGCGGCGGCGCGAAGCGCCCGGCGGCAUCGUCCUCCCUGCUGCUCUCGCCGACCAAGCGCGGCAAGGCGGAGAAGGCGUCGGAGGCCUCCGCGCCCGAAGCUGGGGCGGCGCCGGCGGCGGGGACGCGCUCGGGCCCCAAACCGUGGGCGAAGCUGCUUUCGCAGUGCUCGCAGACCCCCCAUGUUCCUAUCUUUGGCAACCAAAUUUCUGUUGGUAACGAUAAAAACAGUGACAUAUGGUUGGAUGACCAAACUGUUAGUCAAGAACUAUGCAUAUUGCGGCGUCUUGAGCAAGGAGGUUCAUGUGAGUUACAGGUCACGGGAAAAAAUGGUGAGGUUGCAGUAAAUAAAAGAAAAACUGGAAGAGACUCCAAAGUUCCCCUCAUAGGAGGGGAUGAAGUUGUUUUCGGUCAAUGUGGCAAGCAUGCCUAUAUUUUUCAGCAUCCUCUAAGGGGUAAUGAAGUUACUGCUGGAUCGGCUGGAGAGAAUAACCAGAGGGUAGUCGGAUCUGCUCUUGAAAAUCAGAGCGAUUGCAUCAGCGGAUGGCAAGCUUUUAAGGAUGGACUGAAACAAGAGAUUCUGAGCCCAAAGGAUAUUGAAGUAACCUUUGAUAAUUUCCCAUAUUAUCUCAGUGAGAGCACAAAGGAGAUACUCUUAUCAUCUGCAUUCAUACACAUGAAAAAGAAGUCUAGGAAAUUCUUACCAAAACUUUCACCUUUAGACCAGCGAAUUCUGUUAUCUGGCCCACCAGGAUCUGAAAUUUACCAGGAAAGAUUGAUAAAGGCACUUUCAAAGCGUUUUGAUGCUAGACUUCUGAUACUUGAUUCUCUUAUGCUGUGUGGUACGUCUUCUAAGUUUGGAGAGUCCAUAAAGGAUGUCCGGAGGGAUGUUGCACCUUCUAGUUCAGGAGAUGAUAUUGUGGGGACAUCCAACAGACACACUUUCGAAGAAGGUGAUUGGGUAGAGUAUACUGGUACUAGUUCAUUAAAUCUGGCACCAAGGGGCCCUUCUUGUGGUUCUCGAGGCAAAGUGGUGCUUGCUUUUGGAAAAAACCGGUCCUCCAAAGUUGGAGUUAGAUUUAGCAAUCCUGUAACUGAUGGUAAUGAUCUUGGAGGUUUAUGCGAGGAAAAUCAUGGCUUCUUUUGUCAUGCUUUGGAACUUCGGCCAGACUCUUCUGGUGGAGUUGAUAGCAUUGCUUUAGGAAAGUUAAUUGAGGUCAUUUCAGAAGAAAGCAAAAGCAGUAGUUUGAUUGUGUUACUCAAGGAUGUAGAGAAAUCAUUCACCGAAUGUAGAGAAUUGCAUACAUCACUAAGUGAACUUCCUGCUGGUGUUCUGAUAAUUGGGUCUCAGAUUCAUGCAGAGAACCGCAAGGAUCAGUCUCAUCCUGGAGUUCCGGGGCUUCCUAGAGACAUCCAGGCACUGCUUGAUAUUAUUAUGGAAACCUUCCCAAGCAAAUUUCCUACCAAGCCAAUGGAUUCCUUGAAAGACAGAAGCAAAUGUCCUACCAAGUCAAUGGAGCAUCUAAAUAAUCUUUUCCCUAAUAAAAUUUGCAUUAAACUUCCCCAGAAUGAAGCACAGCUAUCUGAUUUCAAGAAACAACUAGAUUGUGAUACUGAAACCCUUAGAGCUAAAGCCAAUAUUCUUAAUAUUCGUAAGUUUCUGAUCAGCAGAGGAAUUGAAUGCAAUGAAAUUGAAUGCAAUGAUCUUCAAGAAUUACCUAUCAAAGAUCAAUUACUAACUAAUGAAGAUUUGGAAAAGAUUGUUGGAUAUGCUAUUAGUUAUCACCUUCAUGACAGUGAACCCCCAAAUGAUGGCAAAUGGGUACUUCCAAUCGAAAGGCUCAAGCAUGGAUUCAGUAUGUUACAGAUUGCACAGAGUGGAGCUAAGAGAUCAAAGAAUGCACUAAUGGAUGUGGUCACAGAGAAUGAAUUUGAGAAAAAUCUUCUAUCAAAUAUUAUCUCACCUAAUGACACUGGAGUUACCUUUGCGAACAUUGGAGCCCUGGACAAUUUGAAAGAUACACUGAGGGAAUUGAUAAUGCUCCCUCUGCAAAGAUCUGAAUUGUACAGCAAAGGGCAGCUAACAAAGCCUGUGAAGGGAAUACUGCUCUUUGGACCUCCUGGAACAGGUAAAACAUUGCUUGCAAAAGCAGUAGCAACUGAGGCAGGUGCAAACUUUAUCAAUGUAUCAAUGUCAAGCAUUACCUCAAAGUGGGUUGGAGAUCAAGAGAAAUACGUCAAGGCCAUUUUUUCUCUAGCUAGUAAACUAUCUCCUGCAGUAAUAUUUGUUGAUGAGGUUGACAAGCAAGAACGCGUAAUCGUUCUUGGAGCCACAAAUAGGCCAUUUGACCUUGAUGAUGCUGUUAUUCGAAGGUUUCCUCGCAGAUUAAUGGUGAGCCUUCCUGACAAGUCAAAUAGAGAAAAUAUUUUGAAAGUAAUACUAUCCAAAGAAACAUUAGAACCAGAUGUGGAUCUUGAAUCAAUUGCCAAAAUGGCUGAUGGAUAUUCAGGAAGUGACUUGAAGAAUCUCUGUGUAACUGCGGCACAUCGUCCCAUUCGUGAAAUUAUUGAGAAGGAAAAGAAGGAGAAGAGUCUGGCAAUAGCUGAAGGUAGACCUGAGCCUCCGUUGUAUGGAAAGAAGGACAUUCGCCCACUUGGAAUGGAUGACUUGAAAUUUGCGCUUGGACAGGUGUGUGCUAGCGUUCCAUCUGAUUCAGAAACCAUGGCCCAAAUUUCUGAGUGGAAUGAUGAGUUUGGAAGCGGCAGCGGGUCGAGAAAGAAGAAGACUCUACCGACACAACAGUCCACAUACUUCAUGUAG